GUUGGACCUGUCUAUGAGAAGGUCUAUGACAUCCCAAUCGAGCUUCUGAAAUUUAUCGACCGCAAGGUUGAUGCAUCUGUGACUGAGCUGGACCGCCAUGUGCCUGCAACCCUCAAGCAAGUCUCUUCCCAAGCUUUCUCAGCAGCUCAGAAAGCCCCAGAGGUGGCUAGAUCUCUAGCAUCCGAGGUUCAGCGCGCUGGCGUUAAGGACACUGCCUCAGGGAUUGCUAAAACAGUCUUCACAAAGUACGAGCCUGCAGCUAAGGAGCUCUAUGCCAAGUACGAGCCCAAGGCUGAGAAGUGCGCUGUUACUGCUUGGCGCAAACUCAACCAGCUCCCUCUGUUCCCGAAGGUGGCUGAUGUUGUCGUGCCCACUGCAGCUUACUAUACUGAGAAGUACAACCAAACCGUGAUUUCUACUGCCGUAAAAGGGUACAAGGUUUCCUCAUACCUGCCUUUGGUUCCGGUAGAGAAGAUUGUGAAGGUUUUUUCAGAAAAUGGUGCUGAAUCUGAGCCAUUGGAUUCCAAGCAGGGUGAAGCCAAUGUUGCUGUUUACUGAUGGCUUCAGCGCUGGUGUGUGCUUUUAUUUUCAAGGAAAAGGACGUGCUUUCUAUCGUAGGAUGAAAGAACUGUCAAUAUUGAUCCAUCUAUGUGGUUUGCUAUUAGGUUUUAAUGGUUUGUUUUAGGUUUAAUGUUCUCUGUUUUGAGUGAUAUGUGAUGAUGUUUUGGACGGAAAAACAAAAAAAGAGGACUUUAUAUCAAGUUUAAUAUUCUGGCUUAUCAAAAUAUGUUUGACAUG